AAUCAAUAUGAGGACGCUGUGGAUCGAUCGACACGGGAGCUCUAAUGGGCCUUUGGGGGACCGCCCGGCGACCGAGGGUGUGCGUAAGAAGCAGUGGAAGCAUCGGACGGCGAAAGGAAACCCCAGAAGAGAGCGUCACGAGUCGACUGAUAAGAAGGAGAGUAGAGUAGAUCACAUAGAGAAGGACGUGCAGUUCAAUAUCGUCCACGAUGUGCGGCCGUCUAGUGAAGGAG